AUGCACAAUAGAAAACAAGGAGAAGAGUCCACUAAAUUAUGGUCACAAAAUGUGCCUGAAAAUGUUGUAGAAGCUACUUUACCAGAGGAAAGAAAGCGCCAAGAAUGUAUUUAUGAACUUAUUUAUACGGAACAAGACUUUGUGAGAGACUUAGAAUAUGUUUAUAAUUUUUGGGAAUGCCCUUUACGAACUAAAGAUAUCAUCGAAUAUAACGAGGAAUUUGUUCAUGACGUAUUUUUCAAUAUAUCCGAAAUUCGUCAUGUCAAUACAGAACUUUCGCUGGCAUUGGAUGCCAGACAAGCCGAAAAAUAUCUCGUCUCGAGUAUUGGUGAUGUAAUGUUGGAACACGUCUGUAAUUUCGAACCGUUUGUAAGAUAUGGAGCCCAUCAGGUCAUUGGAAAAUUUCAUUUUGAGCUUGAAAAGAAACGAAACCCAUUAUUUGCACAAUUUGUACAAGAAACGGAGAGAAAACCCGAAUCAAGACGAUUAGAGCUAAAUGGUUAUUUGACGAAACCUACAACUCGUUUGGGGCGAUACAAUUUGUUAUUGAGGGAGAUCCUAAAAAGGACUCCGGAUGAUAAUCCGGAUAAAGAGAUUAUACCUCAAAUUAUGGAAAUUAUAACAAGAUAUCUAACCCAGGUCAAUAUAGAAGCAGGAAAAUGCGAAAAUUCUUUCAAUUUGGAAGAAAUUCGCAAACGUCUACAUUUUAGAUCGCCUGCAGACUCUAUUGAUUUAAAAUUAGAUAAACCAGAUAGACAGCUGUUAAUGAAAGGUAGGAUGAGGCGUAAAGCAAAUUCUAUAUUUGAAUCUACCGACCUUCAAGUCUUUCUGUUUGAUCAUUAUCUAUUAUUUACAAAAAUGAAAUACGAGGAUCAUCUUGAGUGGUAUAGAGUCUUUAGAAAACCCAUUCCUCUUCAGCUGCUAUCUAUUCAGGUUGCUUCGAGUACAACAAACACCCGGCAAAAUAGAGCAAGUUACAUAUUACCCUCUAUUAGCACUACCACCACUGUCUCUGAUCAACAACCUUCAAAAAUUAAUAAUCUAUCAAUUACCUUCACUCAUCAUGGUCGCAAAGGAUCUCCGCCUCUUACACUAUAUACCACAGCUACAUCUAUCCAACAAAUUUGGGUCAAGAAAAUUCUUGAUCAAAAACAGCUUCUAAACAAGAACAUAUUUUCUAUUUUGCCUUUGAUUCAGAAUCAUUUUCUUACAACUAAUCGGGUGAAUAACACCAUGAUGAUGGAAGAUGGUCGUAUAUUAGUGGCAGCUGAUCAAGGUGUUUAUAUUACAACUACGACUAUUGCUGCCGAGAAAAAGAAUAAUGCGGCUAUGACACGCAUAAUUCGAAUAGAAAAGGUUUCCCAAAUAGAAUUAAUGCCGGAAUCUCAAUUGCUAGUACUUGCAGACAAAACAUUAUGGACAUUUCCUUUGGAAAUAUUAUCACAGUCCGUAUCACAACAGCGUGGAAGAUCUGUAAGCCAAAACACAACAUUCUUUCAUGUCGUAUGUGUUGUGAAAACGAAUACCUUAUCGCCUACUACUAUCCGCGUAUUGGAGCCGGUUAUUAUGGAUGAAAAUAAGAAGGCAAAGUCCAUGUUUAGUUUGAAACGACUUGUAAGAGGUGGACCCAUUGGUUUAAAACCUUAUAAAGAUUUGUAUUUACCUAGUGAAGCAUUAUCCAUCAAUCUACUGAAAUCAAAAAUGUGUAUCUCCUCCCCAAAAGAAAUUGGUGUGGUUGAUAUGAAAAAUCUGGGAGUACAGGCAUUAUUAGACCCUGAGGAUGAAAAACUGGACUUUGUUAUUAAUCGACAGGAUGUCCAUCCAGUCACCAUUUACAGGAUCCAAUUUGCGAAAUAUCUCGUAUGCUAUAAUGAAUUUGCAUUUCUCGUAGAUCAAAGAGGACGAUUUAUAAGAUCUAGUACAAGAAUCGACUGGGAAGGUACACCGGAUUCGUUUGCGUUAUCUUACCCUUAUCUUCUUGCAUUUGAGCCUGAUUUUAUUGAAAUUCGUAAUGUCCAUACAGUAAGUCUAUAUGUUUGA